GCCUUCGCUCUCCGCCGAGGACAGACGCCCGCGGAGCCGCGACCAGGCGCGAUGGGGGACUCCAAAGUGAAGGUGGCGGUGCGGGUCCGGCCCAUGAACAGGCGGGAAAUGGAUCUGCACACAAAAUGCGUGGUGGACGUAGAUGCAAACAAGGUUAUUCUGCAUCCCGUGAACACUAACCUCUCGAAAGGAGAUGCCAGGAACCAGCCCAAGGUGUUUGCCUACGAUCACUGCUUCUGGUCUAUGGAUGAAGCGAUGAAAGAAAAAUACGCAGGCCAAGAUGUUGUUUUCAAGUGCCUUGGAGAAAGCAUCCUGCAGAAUGCUUUUGAAGGCUACAAUGCAUGUAUCUUUGCCUACGGACAGACGGGGUCUGGAAAAUCCUACACGAUGAUGGGCACAGUGGACCAGCCUGGAUUGAUCCCGCGGCUCUGCAGCACUCUCUUCGAAAGAGCCCAGGAAGAGGAGAGUGAGGAGCAGAGCUUUAAGGUGGAGGUAUCGUACAUGGAGAUUUACAACGAGAAAGUCAGAGAUCUUCUGGACCCGAAGGGGAGCCGCCAGUCCUUAAAAGUCAGAGAGCACAGCGUCUAUGGGCCUUACGUGGACGGACUCUCUAAACUGGCCGUCGCCAGUUACAAGGACAUCGAGUCCUUGAUGUCUGAAGGCAACAAAUCUCGAACCGUGGCUGCAACCAACAUGAACGAAGAGAGCAGUCGGUCCCACGCCGUUUUCAAGAUCAUCCUCACACACACAUUGUGUGACGUGAAGUCAGGGACAUCUGGCGAGAAGGUGGGCAAACUGAGCCUGGUUGAUUUAGCCGGCAGUGAAAGAGCCACCAAGACGGGAGCGGCAGGAGACAGGCUGAAGGAAGGCAGCAACAUCAACAAGUCCCUCACCACUCUCGGAUUGGUCAUUUCCGCCCUCGCAGACCAAGCUGCUGGCAAAAAUAAGAAUAAAUUUGUUCCGUAUCGGGACUCCGUGCUCACCUGGCUACUCAAAGACAGCCUUGGAGGCAACAGCAAGACCGCCAUGGUGGCCACCGUCAGCCCAGCGGCGGACAACUAUGACGAGACGCUUUCCACCCUGCGGUACGCCGACCGGGCCAAGAACAUCGUCAACCACGCCGUGGUGAACGAAGACCCCAACGCCCGGAUCAUCCGGGAACUGCGGGAGGAGGUGGAGAAACUCAGGGAGCAGCUCACCAAAGCCGAGGCUAUGAAGUCUCCGGAACUGAAGGAUCGCUUGGAGGAAUCCGAAAAACUUAUCCAGGAGAUGACGGUGACAUGGGAAGAGAAGCUCAGGAAGACGGAGGAGAUUGCACAGGAGCGGCAGAAGCAGCUCGAAAGCCUGGGCAUCUCUCUCCAGUCGUCUGGGAUCAAAGUCGGCGACGACAAGUGCUUUCUGGUGAAUCUGAACGCGGACCCUGCACUGAAUGAACUUCUGGUCUACUACCUAAAGGAACACACCCUGAUCGGGUCGGAUAACUCCCAGGACAUCCAGCUGUGUGGAAUGGGGAUUCUUCCUGAGCACUGUAUCAUAGACAUCACCUUGGAUGGACAGGUUAUGCUGACGCCGCAGAAGAACACUAGGACGUUUGUCAAUGGUGCGGCUGUGACGGGCCCUACGCAGCUGCACCACGGAGACAGGAUUCUGUGGGGGAACAAUCACUUUUUCAGGCUGAACUUGCCCAAGAAGAAAAAGAAGGUAGAAACCGAGGAUGAAGACAGUUCAAUGAAAGGGAGCAACAGCUCCGAGCAGCUGGACACAGACGGGGACAGCUCCAGUGAAGUAUCGAGCGAGAUCAACUUCAGCUAUGAAUAUGCCCAGAUGGAGGUGACCAUGAAGGCGCUCGGAAACGACCCCAUGCAGUCCGUUCUGCACAGCCUGGAGCAGCAGCACGAGGAGGAGAAGCGCUCUGCGCUGGAGCGGCAGAGGCUGAUGUACGAGCACGAGCUGGAGCAACUGCGCAGGCGCCUGUCUCCGGAGAAGCAGCACUUCCGCCCCAUGGACAGGUUCUCCUUGCACUCCCCCAGCGCGCAGCAGCGGUUGCGGCAGUGGGCGGAGGAGAGAGAGGAGAUGCUGAACCAGAGUCUGAGGAAGCUGAGGGAGCAGAUAAUGAAGGCCAACUCGUACGUGAGAGAAGCCAACUUCAUCGCGGAAGAGAUGGACAAAAGGACGGAGUACAAGGUCACGCUGCAAAUCCCGGCCUCCAGCCUCAACGCGAACCGAAAGCGAGGCGCCAUUCUCAGCGAGCCCGCCAUACAGGUGAGACGGAAAGGCAAAGGCAAGCAGAUCUGGUCCUUGGAGAAGCUGGAGAACCGGCUGGUGGACAUGAGGGACCUCUAUCAAGAAUGGAAAGACUGUGAGGAGGACAAUCUGGUCAUGAGGUCUUACUUCAGGAGAGCGGACCCUUUUUACGACGAGCAGGAGAACCACAGCCUCAUCGGAGUGGCCAACGUCUUCCUGGAGUCCCUCUUUUACGACGUGAAGCUGCAGUACGCCGUUCCCAUCAUCAAUCAGAAGGGAGAGGUGGCAGGCCGCCUGCACGUCGAAGUGGUGCGUGUGAGCGGAGAGAUCGGGGAGCGCAUCGCGGGCGGCGACGACGGGACGGAGGGCCUCGCCGAGAAUGACCAGCGGGAGCACAAGCUGGUGUGCAUGAUCAAAAUCCUUCAGGCUACGGGUUUGCCUCAGCAUCUCUCCAACUUCGUCUUCUGCAAAUACUCCUUCUGGGACCAGCUGGAACCGGUGACGGUGGCCCCCGAAGUCGACCCCUCGCUGUCGCCGAUCAACAAGGAACCACGGUGCAUGGUUGUCUUUGAUCACUGCAAUGAAUUCUCUGUCAAUAUCACUGAAGAUUUUAUGGAGUAUCUUUCUGAUGGGGCUUUGGCCAUUGAAGUUUAUGGGCACAAGCAGUGCGAUCCUCGCAAAAACCCGGCUCUUUGGGAUUUGGGAAUAAUUCAAGCCAAGACACGAAGCCUCCGAGACAGGUGGAGCGAGGUCACCCGCAAGGUGGAGCUCUGGGUUCAAAUUCUGGAGCUGAACGAGAAUGGGGAGUACUGCCCCGUGGAGGUGAUUCCAGCCAAGGACGUGCAGACCGGCGGCAUCUUUCAGCUCAGGCAGGGCCAGUCUCACCGAAUUCAAGUGGAAGUGAAGUCUGUGCAGGAGUCGGGAACGUUGCCACUCAUGGAAGAGUCCAUCCUGUCCAUCGGAGUCGGCUGUGUGGCGAUACGGCACGUCAAGUCACCAAAGAGCCCCGAGCAGCACCAGGAGGAAAACGAUGACAUGGACAGCUACCAGGACAGAGACCUAGAGAGGCUGCGUCGCAAAUGGCUGAACACGCUCACAAAACGCCAGGAGUACCUCGACCAACAGCUGCAGAAGCUCGUGGGAAAGCCCGACAAAACAGAAGACGAUGCGGACCGAGAGGCCCAGUUGCUGGAGAUGAGGCUGACCCUCACGGAAGAAAGGAACGCCGUGAUGGUGCCUUCUGCCGGCAGUGGGAUUCCUGGAGCCCCUGCUGAAUGGACGCCUGUGCCUGGCAUGGAAACACACAUUCCGGUCAUUUUCCUUGAUUUAAAUGCAGAUGACUUCAGCUCCCAGGACAACCUCGAUGAGCCGGAAGCAGGUGGCUGGGACGCCACCCUGACCGGCGAAGACGAGGAUGAAUUCUUCGAACUGCAGAUCGUCAAGCACCACGAGAGCGAGGCAAAGGCUGAAGCUUCCUGGGAUGCCACCGUCCACAACUCUCCGCAGCUCAGCAAGGGGACUGCACCCGAGCAGAGAGUCUUCCUCAUUGUGCGGGUGACGGUGCAGCUCAGCCACCCUGCGGAAAUGCAGCUCGUCCUUCGGAAGCGGAUUUGCGUCAGCGUCUACGGCAAGCAGGGCUUUGCUCAGAGUUUCUUCAGAAGAAUGUCAUACCGAAGUUCCGUGCCUGGCUGCGGAGUCACCUUUGAAAUCGUUUCGAAUAUCCCAGAGGACGCCCAGGGGGCAGAAGAACGUGAGGCGCUCGCAAGGAUGGCAGCCAAUGUGGAAAACGCAGCUUCGGCGGACUCGGAAGCCCAUAUAGAGAAGUACCUCCGCAGCGUGCUGGCCGUGGAGAAUAUCCUCACCCUGGACCGGCUACGCCAGGAGGUUGCUGUGAAGGAACAGCUAACCGGCAAAGGGAAACUCUGCCGGAAGAGCCUCAGUUCUCCAAACGUCCAUCGGCUCUCUGGAAGCCGCCAGGACCUCAACCCACCGUACAGCCUUGCUACUUACAAAAGUCGUUGGGAAAGUCAACAAGAUAUAUCGCAGAGCUCAGCACAUUCCAGUACGUCUAGAACAAGCCUUCCAGGCAGUCCUCAGCAGAACGGUUCUGCAGAUCCAGGACUUGGUAGCCUGGCAGCCUCUUACUUGAAUCCUGUGAAGUCCUUCGUGCCUCAGAUGCCAAAGCUACUUAAAUCUCUGUUUCCUGUUAGAGAUGAGAAGAAGGGCAAGCAGCUGUGUCCCCUCGCACAGCAGCCAGUGCCACGGAUCAUGGUCCAGUCCGUCACCAUGGACACCACCCCAGCGAAAGUCAAGCAGGUGCCCCAAGGGAAAGGGAGUCCGGAGCCCCUGGAAGCGGCCGCACAGUCCCCGGAGCUGGAUAAGGCCCUCGGGAGCGCCCCCAAAGUGCUCUUGCAGUCGGCCGCCGCGGACGUGCAAACGCAGGACUCACAGGAGGGGCCGCCGAGCCCCCUGAGUGAAGCAUCCAGUGGCUACUUCUCUCACAGCGUUUCCACCGCGACCCUUUCCGACGCCCUCGCGCCCGGGAACGACGCCUCUCUCCAGGCCGGCGGCCAGACACCCACGGCCUGCGAAGCGCUGCCCCAGGCACCUGCCCCCGACGUUCCCGGGAAAUUGUGCCCCGCCUCAGCCUCUGAGUCCUCCUCUUCCCUUGUGAGAGGGGACCCCCCUAAAGUCGAGCAGGUGGGAGACAAGGACAGCGGCCAGCUGAGCAGUGACAGUUGCCUCGGGCCCAGGCCUGGGGCCUCGUCCACAGCUCCGAGUGGGGAGCCGGGCCCUCCUUCCCGAGCUGCGGAGGGUCUGGGCUGCUCUCCGGGCCCCCUCUCAGAGGGGGCAGUGCGAGCGGCCCAGCAGCCUGCGGCAGCGCCCACGGGGAGCUCCCUUCCCACCUCUAGGCCUGCAAAAGUGCCCCCCGAGUAUGAAGCAGAACCUUCGGGGUCUCCAGGUCCUCAGGACCUCUCCUCCCCCUCCGCCGUCUCGGCCUCUCCGUUCAGGAUCCAGAGAGUAAAGACAUCAGAGCUCAAGUCCUUCUCCAGCAUGCUGGGAGGAGAAGCCGUGGGGCUCUCGAGUUCACCGGAAGAGAGGAGCAGUCGGAAUUUGCCAGGCUCUGGCCAGAACAACGGCGUGGCAGCGGGCUCCGCAGAAAAACUGGACGCCGCCUCCGAUUCGGAAGAGGGCAGCGAGGUCCCCGACUGGCUGAAGGAGGGGGAAUACGUGACCGUCGGCACGAAUAAAACCGGGACCGUGAGAUACGUUGGCCCCACGGACUUCCAGGAGGGAACCUGGGUGGGAGUCGAGUUGGACUUGCCCUCAGGCAAGAAUGACGGCUCCAUCGGAGGGCGGCAGUACUUCAAGUGCAACCCAGGCUAUGGGCUCCUCGUGAGGCCGAGUCGGGUCAAAAGGGCCACGGGGUCCAUGAGGCGCCGGAGCGCCGGGAUGAGACUCCAAGGCGGAGCCGCGCCUGAGCACCGGCGGAGCGGGACCUUCUCUGGCUCAGCCUCCAACCUGCCCGCCCUGACUGCCCUGGCCAAAGCGGAAGGAGGCGCUGCUCCCCGGCCUGAGAAGACCCCCCGAAGCACCGAGAACCGGAAGUCGUGGGCUACCUGAGAGAGCCCCGCCGAUCCAGCGCGUCAGCCCGGCUCACCACGACCCCGUGAAGCUGGUGCUGUGGGGAACAGCCUUACUCUGCCCGACCGAACCCACCGGAGGAGAUGCCCGGCACUGUGCUCCUCGCUUGGGUCUCCAACAAGAGUGAGUUCCCUGCUCAUGAAGGAGCGGCUCACCAACGCUCCUGAUGCAGCCGAUGACCUCCCCCGGGUGCACUUUUGCCGGCCCCCACCCCACCCCACCCCAGUCAGGAGGGUCUGAGCAGUCCCUCGAGGAAAGCCACCCAGAAAUCCAGUGGCGUCUGGGUUUGCCUCCUUCAAGCAUUGCUGAUGGGUCUUGUUCCCCCUGUUCUGCCGUUCAAGAACGCUUCCUGAGAUCCGGAAGGUCUGGGGGCCGGCAACUGCGUCCUGCUAGAAGCCGUACCCGUCUUGGGCACUAUCCUCGGUUCCCACAGCUGCCCUUGCUGGCAGUGAGGCUAAGUGGUGAGGGCCGCAGCUGAGCUGGGUCGGGCUGAAGUCAGAUGGAAGCGCACACUUUUCCCAAUCCUUAAUCUAGCAGAUGGUGGCGGUCCAGCCCAUGUUGCUUCUAUGCUAUUUCAAAAAGAGCAGAGAAGGAGGUGCCCCCCCCUCCGGAAUCCAAGAAAGAAAGAAAUUUAGUAUUUUAGCGUGCCCUCUGGUGCUACUGUAUUUAUGAAGUCGGUUCCCACCCGGUGGUCAACCUUCGGCCAAGGUAUUUAUUUAUUAUUUAUUGCUAUGUUUUUGGAAAUACUAAUGGGAACGACAGGCAUGCCCUUGCGACUUACAAUCAACCCACGGCCCGCUGGGGCACACAGGCGCACACCCUUUUCGGGGCAAACCGGCCUCUUUGCACACUCGCUCACGCACGCAGCCCUCCCGGUCUUUCCUGGCCUCCGUACGUUUUCCGCAGACAGAGCCCCCGCUGUGCCGUUCAGCCGAGCAGAUCACACACUUCCCUUCCGGCGCCGUGCUUUUCCUUCCAAGGCAGCCAGAUCCCGGCGAGGACCAGCAGUGCAGCGGAUCGCUUCCCGCUGGGCAGUCGCGGUUUCCCCCCAAAGCUCUCCUGCGGCUCGGGGCGUGUGGAGGGGGAACGCGCCGUGGGGAUGGCCCUCGACAGCCCGCUCACGCGCCGCAGCACCUUCCCCCUCGCUCAAACCCUUCGGGCUCAGACUCGAGCAGCCGGGGCUGGCCAAGUGCCUUCGUCAGCCAGCUGCGAGGGGCCGAGGCACCGCUGCUUUCCUGGCCCGAUGUUGAAGGAAAAGGACCGUGGGACAGGGUAAAACUCCCGGCCUUGCAGGUGGAAUGGUCCCCUGUUGAAUCCCUGGUUGCGG